UAAUAAUAAAAAAUAAGAAGGGUGCAGUUUGAAGUUUGAAGUUUGCAGCUUCAAGUUCAAAAGGGAACAUUCCUAAAAGCAAAAGAAUUUUCUCAAUUUGUUGCGUUGCGUUCCGCGUUGAAUUGAAGUGUUCCUCUCUUUUACGAUUCUCUUUCAACCACCUCACACGGUGGUCGCCGACUCACUCCGGCCACCUAGGUUUCCUUCCGUACACACAGAUUAACUUAACUAACUCUUCUCAAUCUUUCGUUUUUCUCAGCUGAUCACAAUUUACAACACACUCUUCUUCUUGUUACCCUCUGGCAUCUUAAUGAUGACACCAGAGCCAUCAAGGGAGUUGGAGAAACUUGAAAUCACAACAGGUCAUCCUGUUAGAGGGAGUACUGAAUAUGUUAGGCUUGCCAUAUCCGAUGAACCGAGGGCUGUUGAAACUGAAAUGCUACAGCCUCAAGCUGAAUCAAGAAUUAAAUCUUUCAGGUGGUGGGCGAAAGCCUUUAUAUGGUGCUUUGUCAUUGUUAUACUUGUAUUUGGUCUAAUCAAAUGGGGAGUGCCGUUUGCUUUUGAAAAGGUUCUUUAUCCAGUGAUGGAGUGGGAAGCGACUGCCUUUGGCCGACCAGUUCUUGCCCUUGUACUAGUUGCUUCUCUGGCUUUAUUUCCAGUACUAUUAUUUCCUUCUGGUCCUUCCAUGUGGUUGGCUGGGAUGAUUUUUGGUUAUGGCCUUGGCUUUGUUAUUAUAAUGGUUGGUACAACCAUUGGGAUGGUCCUACCUUACCUAAUUGGAUUAAUGUUCCGUGACCGCAUUCAUCAAUGGUUAGAGAGAUGGCCCCAGAAUGCUGCAAUGAUUAGGCUUGCUGGGGAAGGGAGCUGGUUCCAUCAAUUUCAAGUGGUUGCUCUGUUUCGAGUUUCACCUUUUCCCUAUACUAUAUUCAAUUAUGCUGUAGUAGUGACAGAUAUGAAUUUUUGGCCCUACUUAUGUGGAUCAAUAGCAGGAAUGGUGCCAGAAGCUUUCAUCUACAUCUACAGUGGUAGAUUAAUAAAGACUUUAGCUGAUGCACAAUAUGGGAAGCAUCACUUGACGACAGUGGAAAUAGUGUACAACAUUAUUUCUUUCAUCAUUGCUGUUGUUACCAUUAUUGGCUUCACUGUUUAUGCAAAAAGGACUCUUAAUAAACUCAAAAUAUCAGAUGUCAAUGAAGAAGCUGCCUCUGUUUCCGGGAAUGCUAGUCUUGAGAUGAAAAAGGCAUCCCAUUGAAAGGUUUUACAUUACACUUACACAAUUUAUCACGAUAUCAGUGUUCAUAUUUAUGUAUCUAACAUUUGGUUUAGGACUACUUCCUCUCUCCCAUUUUUGUAAUUACCUGAAUCAGUAUGUGGGAUAGAUCAUAGAAAAAGCAUAAGCAGUUUCUCUUUUAUUCUGUAAGCCUAUGCAAAUCCCCCAACGCAUUUCGAGAAACCAAUUCAGCAAUCAUAAUAAUCUGUAGGUAAUAUAAUAAAUUGGAAAAAGAUAUAUUAUCAAA